AUGGCGUCCGCAACUCGUCUCCCUCUCAAAUCCAUACUCUUCACUACGGCAGUGGUAGCUGCAGCAGGUGCUUCUCAUGUAAAUUUACAGAAUCUGCUUGUCGAUACUUUUACCGGGCCAGGGAGUUACUCCCGGAUUGCUGCUACAGUUGUCAUAUUAGCGAAUCUGAAGAGUUUGCCGGGAGUUUGGCAUAUCCGAGUCUGGAACGCCAUUCUUAAACAUCUCAUCUUCACCAUCCCCAACAUCCCCUCCAAUCUCGGCCCUUCAUCUCUCUUUCUCCCCGUCAUCACCACCUCGCAUGCUCCCCUCUGGGAAUGCGAUUACAAUCUUCACAAAUCCAACAGCACCUAUUUCUCGGACCUCGACGUCACGCGUUCCCAUAUCAUCUGCUGUCUGCUCGAACCGGGUAUCCACGCUUUACAGCAGAAUCUCACGAAGAAAUUAGUGUUGGAUAAAAAUGGCAAUGCGGUGAAAGGGCGCUGGGGAAUCAUGCUCGGAGGCGUCAUGUGUAAUUUCAAGCGCGAAAUCGGCAUUUAUCAAAGCUAUGAAAUGUGGAGUCGAGUGCUGUGUUGGGAUCGCAAGUGGAUAUAUGUGGUUACGCAUUUUGUGAAGAAGGGGACAGUGAGACCUAGGGGGUUUGUACUGGGUGAUGGAUCGUGGUUUGGAGGGGGCAAUGCGAGGUUUGAGGAAGGAGAACAAGGAGAUGCAGUUGAGGUGGAUGAGAAGGCCGUUUUUGCAAGCGCGGUUAGUAAAUAUGUGAUGAAGUUGGGUCGCUUAACCGUUCAUCCAGAGGUGGUGUUGAAUGCUAGUGGAGUGCUUCCAGAGAGGCCGGGAGGCUGGCAUAGUAUGGAUGAUUCGGGGGCGUCGACGCCGGAUAUGGAUAUGGAGGGGUCGUUUGUGGAUGCUGAGCUUGAGGAAGAGGGAAAGGAAAGUUCGAAUGAGUGGGAUUGGAAGAGGAUUGAUAGGGAGAAUAAAAGGGGACAACAGUUUGCAGAACAUAUUGCUGCGAUGGAGGGUUUGCAUCAGGAAUUUUCUGGGAGCCAGGCACCGGCGUUGGGCAAAUAUAGAGAUUUGUUGUGA